CUUCCUAUAUCACUGCUCGUUUGCUCCUUUCUUCCCUUGCGUCAUAUUCUACACUCGUCCAUUUUCGCUUUGCAUCAAUUCAUUCGAUUACCUUCGACCAAAACAAUCUUCAAAUUUCAUCAAUCAUUUCCUCAAUCACGAACUCAUCACUCUAAUCACAACCUGCACUUUGACGAGAAGGUUUAAAUGGAAUCGGACGACGAUGAUUAUGUUUUCCAUGGAACGCCGAUAGAGCGCGAGGAAGAGAUUACUAGCCGAAAGAAGAAGGCAGUUGCUGAGGCUUCCGGUCACCUGCGAACCCUUCCUGUUUGGAAGCAAGAGGUCACAGAUGAAGAAGGGAGGAGAAGAUUCCAUGGAGCAUUUACAGGAGGGUUUUCUGCUGGUUACUAUAAUACCGUGGGCUCGAAGGAAGGGUGGGCUCCUCAGUCUUUUACAUCAUCCAGGAAGAACAGAGCUGAGGUCAAACAGCAGAGCAUAUUGAAUUUCCUGGAUGAUGAUGAAAAAGCGGAAUUGGAAGGUCGGUUUUUGGGGACAUCCUCGCAGUUUGAUACAUUUGGUUUCACUGCUGCUGAAAUUGCUCGUAAACAAGCUGAGAAGGAACAGCAGAAGAGGCCAUCAAUUAUUCCUGGACCAGCCCCUGAUGAAUUAGUUCUUCCAGCCACAGAGUCUGUUGGGGUAAAAUUGCUGUUGAAGAUGGGAUGGCGACGUGGUCGUUCCAUUAAGGAUUCACGUGCAAGUGCGCUUUAUGAUGCCAGAAGAAAAGCCCGGAGAGCUUUUCUAGCAUUUAGUACGGAUGAUCUGGAAGUGCAUGCGACUGAUUCAGAGCCUAUGAAGGCGGGCAUGCAUGAUUUUCUUGAGCAGACUGUAAAUGAUGAUAUUUCAUCCUCUAAAAGCACACCGGUUUACAUACUCAGCCCAAAGCAAGACCUUUAUGGUUUAGGUUUUGAUCCUUACAAGCAUGCUCCUGAAUUUAGGGAGAAAAAAAGACUACGCACGUCUAGCAAAAGUGGAUCUGGGUAUAGCAAAGGUUUUUCCAUGAAAGAUAGUCUUUUUGGUUCGAAGUCAGGAAAUGUUGCCCCUGGUUUUGGAAUUGGAGCACUUGAAGAACUUGAUGAUGAGGAUGUGGAUGUAUAUGCGGGGCAUGAAUAUGAUACUUAUGUUCACGAAGUUGAUGAGCCUUCAAAAUUGGAGAAGAAGAAAAAGGUUAACAAAAAGAACCAGGGCAGUCUGCCUGGCUUUCGGGUUGCGUCCAACUCAGACUUUCAGAUGGAAAGAUUUGAAGUUCCUGUGAUUCCCAAGGAUUUUGUACCCCGCCACACAUUUUCUGGACCUCUGGAGAUUGACCGCAAGCACUAUGAUGUUCCUCCACCUGAGGUUCCUCCUCCUGAGGAUAUCAAUUUAAAAAUAUUAAUUGAAGGGGUUGCAAAUUUGGUAGCUCGAUGCGGUAAAUUAUUUGAGGAUCUAUCUAGAGAAAAAAAUCAGUCAAAUCCAUUGUUCAACUUCCUUUCGGGAGGUACUGGCCAUGAAUAUUAUGCAAGAAAACUUUGGGAGGCACUUCAAAAACGCAGUGAUCAAAUGAAGCAGCCAUUGGAUGGGAGACUGCCUUCAGCUGCAGGUGCACAGAGGCUGACAGCUGAGAACCGAGGACAGAUCUUAGGGGAAAAGCCUUUAGAAAGAAGCUUUCAAGAUCCGACCCCACCUGUAGCUUCUAAUGUUCAGCUCCAAUUUAAUCUCACAGAUACAUUUACUAAGCCUGCAUCAUUAAGUGAGUUACCAGGGCUUGAGAAGCCUUUCAAAGAUGACCCUGCAAAGCAAGAAAGAUUUGAGAGGUUUCUGAAGGAGAAGUAUGAAGGGGGAUUACGUUCUACAAGUUCUAGUUUAGCUGGUAAUAUGUCAGAAGCUGCUCGUGCUAGGGAGAGACUAGAUUUUGAGGCUGCCGCAGAUGCAAUAGAAAAGGGGAAAUGGGGCAAGGGAAGCAAACUGUCCAAUCCAUCUGCUGUGGAUUUCGCCUCAGCUGGCGCCUUGCAGUUUACUUCUGGUGGAGUAGAGCCAAAGAAAGAUUUGCAAACUGAAGAUUCCAUAGCAAAGAAAAUUCACCCAAAGAGGGAAGAGUUUCAAUGGCGUCCUUCUCCUCUUCUCUGCAAGCGCUUUGAUCUCAUUGAUCCUUACAUGGGGAAGCCACCUCCAGCGCCGCGGAUUAGAAGUAAAAUGGAUUCGCUGAUCUUCACAUCAGAUUCAGUCAAAGAUGUGAGAAUUGAAGAGCCAGCUAAUGCCAAGAAAAACAUCUCACGUGUGCCUCAAUUUGAAAAUGACAAUGCAACAAAGAAAGAUGCUGAGCAUGAAACUGAGGAGGAGGUAGAAGUUGAAAAUGUUGAAAGGCCAGUUGAUCUCUACAAGGCUAUUUUCUCUGACGAUUCAGAUGAUGAAGGGGAAGGAUCUAAUGUUAUCAAAGAGGAUAACCAAGAAAAGAAAGCUGAAGUUGCUAAUACUGCAUUAAGCCGUUUGAUUGCUGGUGACUUCCUGGAAUCUUUGGGUAAAGAACUGGGGCUUGAGGUUCCUCCUGACAUGCCUUAUACUGCGCCAAAAUCCAGAAAUCCUGGUUCUCAGAAAGAAACUUCUAAUGAAAAUGCAAGAAAUGGCAUUCCAAGUAUUAGAAGUGAUGGGGAUGUCUCUUUAAACCAACAUGCCCAGGACGAUGCUGUUGGCAUCUCAGAAAGGGACCCCACUUAUGGAAAUAUGCUUGAAAGUGGUAGCCGUAAAGCCAGGGGAACUAAUACUGCUGAAGCUGUGUCAAGUAAGUUCGUUAGGGAGACGGAUGGUGACAGAAAUGUCGAAACACCUCCGACUCACCACAAUAAUUAUGGCGGCGGUUCAUCUUCUGAAGAUGAAAGGAGCAGAAAACGCACCAGGCAUGAACGUGGUAGCAGCAAAACCAAGGGAACUAGCGUGGGUGCUGAAAGCAAGUCAAGUAAGUUCAACGGCGAGAAAGGUGAUGCAAGGAAAAUCAAAACACCUUCAACCCGACAUCAUGAUUAUAGUUGCUCUUCGUCGUCUGAAGAAGAAAGGAGCAGAAAACAUGCCAAGCAUCAUCGAGGAAGGAGGCACGAUUCAGGAAGUGAUUCGUCUAGAUAUGAUGAUGAUUCUCAUUAUCCAAGGUCUAAAGGUAGAAACAAAGGGUCUUCUCGAGAGAAAGGUAGAAGUAGAAAGCGCUCAAAACACCGUGAUCGUCGAAAACGAGACUCUCCAAGUAGAUCGUCUCGUCACAGAAAGGAGAAGGACCAUGCAGAUGCCAUAAGAGAGAAAAAGCGGAGGGAGUGAAUGAGUUUUUUUUUUUUUUUUUUGGGCCAGGGAGUGAAUGAGUUUUUUUUUUUUUUUUUUUGAAAUAAAAUCUAUAGGUAAGCUAAAAACUCGUAACAAAUUACACUAUUCACAAGUUAUCAAUAGUGUAGAUCAUUUUUCCAAUUUCAUACAAUGAACAAGAUUGACACUCGUUUUUUGUAACUCUGGUGGAGGACUAUUUGUAUUU